AUACGAACUAUUACGGUGAAUUAUCUACAAAUGCGGAGAGUGUUCCAUCUAAUGCAUGUUUUACAAUUUAUAACACGUGUUAUUAUGCCAAUCGAUCUAUCAAGAAACAUAACCGGCUAUAUCUAUGAGCGACUAUAAUCCAAACAUGGUGCCAUCUAUCAGAUUUAAAUAUUACUCCACGUGAGAAACAAACGACUCCAAUAUGGCGAAUGUGAGGGACAGUGAUACGUCGUUGUGGCUUCAUAACAAGCUUGGAACAUCAAAUGAUAGUUGGACUGGUAGCUCAAUCUGUUCUCAAUUAAACGCUGAGGUUUUACGAAAUAUCAAAGAUUGUUUUCCAGAUCUACAGACGCAAGUUAAACUUAAAUUACUUCUUUCGUUCUUCCACAUACCUAGGCGGAAUGUUGAAGAGUGGCGCGUUGAGUUGGAAGAGAUCAUUGAAGUUGCAUCACUGGACAGUGAGUUAUGGGUUUCAAUGCUAUCCGAAGCGAUGAAGACGUUUCCUUCUACAGGAUCAUUAAAUACAGAUAUUACUGAUUUAGAUGAACAUAGACCUAUUUUUGGAGAAUUAGUUAAUGAUCUACGAAAAUUAUUGAAAAAGCAGAAUGAUCCUGCUAUGCUUCCGUUGGAAUGUCAUUAUUUGAAUAAAACGGCAUUGGUAUCCGUGGUAGGUCAACAACCUGCAGCAGUGAAACACUUUACAUUAAAAAGAAAGCCAAAAAGUGCAGCUUUAAGAGCAGAACUGUUACAGAAGAGUAGAGAUGCUGCGAGUAAUUUAAAAAAGAGUACAGCUCCCACUGUACCAGUACGAAGUAGAGGAAUGCCAAGAAAAAUGACAGACACAACACCUCUCAAAGGUAUUCCUAGCAGAGUUCCAACAAGUGGAUUUCGUUCUCCUUCUCUUACAAGCUCUUCUAUGUCCAAUAGAACACCUAUCAGUAGUAGAAGUCGUAAGGACGGUGGUAUUAAAUUAUUGGAUAUUAAUGAGCAACCUCUUGGAUAUGCUCAAGCUAAGAAAAGAAAGCGUAUGAUGGAGUUAGAAGAACAACAGAAAAAGGUUGCAGAAGCUCAAGCAGCAGCGGCAGCUGCAGCUUCAACAAAUGCAACCACGGUAGAAACACCAGCUACACCGGAAUAUGCACAAGGAUUAACAUCAAUUAAUCCGCCUUCCACUCCAGUUGCACCGGUCUCCACCGUACAAUCUUAUGUGGCACCUACCACUCCAAGUGGAGUUACACCUGCGACUACAUCGCAAACUCCUACUACACCGUCUACACCUACAGUGCCAAGUACCGUAUUACCAGUAACAACGCCGACAGUUAUAUCCCCUAUAGAAAGUACACCUGUAGGUGUACAGACCGUUAGGCCAGCGCAGACAGUAACACAAAUUCGUAUACAAACAACUGCACAACCUGCUAAUGCAGCAGCAAAUACGAGAAAGGGAUUAUCUCUAACGCGAGAACAAAUGCUAGAAGCUCAAGAAAUGUUUAGGACGGCUAAUAAAGUGACCCGACCGGAGAAGGCAUUGAUCUUAGGAUUUAUGGCUGGUUCCAGAGACAAUCCUUGUCCUAAGUUGGGCAAUAUAGUAACGGUAAUGCUUUCGGAGAAUAUAGAAGAGGUAACUCAGGCAGAUGGUACGACAGUACCGAUGUUAGUUGAGACCCACUUCCAAAUGAAUUAUACAAAUGGUGAAUGGAAGAGGAUAAAGAAAAAUCGGCGUAUUGUUACGGACGAGUCUACCUCAGCGUCAGCUCCUACCCCUAAUCCAACUGCUACAGCUUCCAAUUAAAAAGAAUAAAAGAAAAGAAAAAUAAUAAAUUAUCGCGAUUUAUAAUAAUGCAGAAUUGAAGUACUCGCGCGUAUGGCCAUUUUGAGAACGACGCGCACACUUUGGCCAUACCCAUUUUUAAAGACUUUAGCUAUAUGCGAUCAUCAUUUAUGGUUUUAUGACGUAUUCAAAACGUCAUGUCAAUUUUAUAAUUACCUUAACGCCUACGUUAAGGCUAUAUUGCUAAUGGUCGUAAUCGAAUUAUAAUAGACCAUGGGAUUUGUGAGUGCGGAUUUAAAAAUGAAAAAAAAAAAAAAAAAAAAAAAAAAAAGAAACGAAA